AUGAAUUAAUCUCUUUUCUCUUUUAACUUGAAAGCACUUUUACCUAUGGAAAAUUACUAAUUAAUACUUAAUGAGUAAACAAGAAUGAACAAAUACAUUCACAGUUAGAAUACUAUUUAGAUUAAGGAGUUGGAUUUAGAAUAAAUGACGAGAAGAAAAAGUUGUCAUUGUGGUCAAUGUGGGGCUCAAAGUUAAUUUUAGUUCAAAACGAUGAAUAUUCCUCUUAAGGUUAGGGAAAUACCAAAAGAGCAGGAAUUUAAUAUACCUGAGUUAAUAAUAACAAAACCAGAAUCUAGAAUGAGUACCUUCUAUAAAAAAUCUUCUUUUAAGAAUUUGCAAAUCUUAGAAUCUAAAGAUUAACCAAAUAACACUUAAUUGUCCUUAAAUAUUCAUGGUCUUAAACGAGCUUAUAAUAGAUAAAAUACAUUAUUGAAAUUAAUAACAGAUGGACAAGAAAGGUCUAAAAGAAGAGACAGCAGUGGAUUAUUUUCAUCAUCUGAGUUCCAAUCUUUAAAUUCUUUGAAAUCUUUGAAUAUUACAACAAGUCCUACACAUUCAUUCUUAUAGAAUCAAAAGAACUCGAUUUAGCCUAAAAGUCCUUUAAGUCUAUUUUCUCCUAAAAGAAGACAUAAAUAGAUUGAUAACAAAUUCUUAAGUGCAACCAAUAAAAGGAAUUAUAAUACUUAUAUGAUAAAUUCGAAUAAAUAAUUAUUGAUCAAACCAUUAAAGUUAUAAACUUCGCUUUCCACCCUUGGAAGUUCAUUUCCAAAACUAAAUAACAAAAAAUAUGAUUAUAAAUAGAAUACAAAUUGA